AUGGCAGCUGCGCGGGUUUACGCGCAGCAGAGCGCCCACGCCGCGCCCGUCAGCGUCCGCUCUUAUUUCCCACACCGGGAGCCCGAACCUAAGGAGAUCACCGCGCUGCUGGCACGGCUCCGGCACCGCUGGGCGGAGGCGCUCAAUGCGCUGUGGCUCUUCGGUGGCCUUGAGUUGCCCAUUUGCACGGCCAACGCGGCACUGGCGGCCCAUUCUGCCUCGAGCUCGGCCUGGAGGUCCUCCUUGGCGCUCUUGCGCCUGUUGGGGCUGCGCAGCUCCACGCGGGACGUGCGAGACGUGGUGUCCUACAGCAGCAGUGCGGUGUCCCUGGAACGAAGGUCGAAGUGGACAGCGGUUUUGAUUUUACUGCAAGAGCUCACCAGGGCACGCCUGCAGCGCGACCUCCUCAGCGACGCAGUGGCGAUCUCGGCCUGUGGCCUCGGUCACGCCUGGCCGCGUGCGGAAGGCCUGGUCGCCGAGCUCAGGAGCCGUUCCUUGCGAGUGAACUCAGUGGUGGCCACCAGCAUCCUCUCCUCUACGCCCUGGCGGCGCGCCUCUGCCUGUGCUGAAGGCCUCUCACAGCUGGCAGCGCCGGCGCUCGCUCGCGCCUAUCGGUCGUGGCAAGUCGCUGUGGACUCUUCACCUAUCACGACCAUCCAACUCAACGCGGCUGUUACCCGCUGUGCCAACGCAGCCCAGUGGCAUUGCGCCCAGCAACUGCUCCAGGAGGCCAGCGCUGCCCGCGUGGUGUACAGCGCGGAGGCGCAGGCACCGGCACGGGCGGCAUGCGUGGCAGCUGGUGGAUGGACACGAGGGCUACAGCUGUUGGAAGGUGCCGCUCAGACGGUGUAUGUCCUAGCAGCCGCCCUGUCGUGGGCCACCUGGCCUGCGGGUCUCAUGCUCUUCCGGCAGGUCUCUCAAGGAGCAUUGCAGCUGGAUUUGACCACUCUGAACAGUGCUUUGGCCUUGUUGGACCACUCUAGCUGGCCACAAGCUCUUGAGCUCUUACGCACCUCCAGCGCCGAAGAGCUUCGCCCAGAUGUCCUGAGUUGGCAGGGCGUGUGCAGCACGCUGGGAGAGACCUGCCCCAGCUCCUCUUCGCCCCAGCUUUUGGUGGCACUGGAGCAGUUGGCUGCUGCUGGCCUGGCUGACCUGGCCGUCAACGAUGUCAUCACAGCCAAUGCUGGAGACAGUCGAGCUGUGAUGUGCCGAAAAGGUCAGGCCGUGGAGCUCUCCUAUGAUCACAAGCCAGCCUCCGAAACUGAGAAGACGCGGAUUGAAGCAGCCGGGGGAUAUCUGGAGGAGAGUGCAGGCGGCGCCCGCGUCAAUGGGAACCUGAACUUGAGCCGUGCCAUCGGCGAUUUGGAAUAUAAGAAGCGGAGUGAUUUGAAGCCUGAGGAACAAGUGAUUUGCUCCACGCCGGAUGUGGUGGUGCGGGAGCUCACACCAGAGGAUGAGUUCAUUGUUUUGGCUUGUGACGGCGUUUGGGAUGUCAUGUCGAACCAGGACAUUUGCGACUUCAUCAAACCACGGCUGGAGAAGGGCAUGGACUUGAAGGAGGUCGCGGCCGACGUCCUUGAGCACUGCUGCUCUGAGGACCCGCAGAAGACCGAUGGCCUUGGCACAGAUAACAUGACCGUCAUCAUUGUCAAGCUUAACGAAUCUUCCAGCUGGACAGCUUCAUAG